AAUUAUCAUCACCUCCCGUAUAUGCGUGAGAGAAGAGAGAGAGAGAGAUGGGUCCUUAAAGAUUAUGCCCAGAACCUAAACCGAAGCCUCAGCUCAAAGACGUAGCUUCGAUUUGCAGAGAGAAUACGGAGGACUUCUCUUAACAAAAUCAAGAAAAGAAACACUGAUAUAUAGAUAUAUAGUGAGAAAGACACACAGUUAUAUAGAUAUGUAUGUGUACAUAUAAAGAAAAAUGAUUAUUCCAUUCAUAUAAUUCCAAUCAAAUCCUCGUUUUCUUUCUUCUUAUCCAAUAUUGGAGUGCAGUUCUCUGUGGAAGAAAGAAGAACUUUGAUUUGGUUCGAGGCUAAGAACGAGACAUGUUGGAAGACUGGCCUUGUUUGGUUUCAAGGGACUACCUGAGGACCUGCGAGCGAGAAAGCAACUGGCCUUGCAUGAGUUAUAAGGUGGAAAAAGUUCAUCGGGGCAAGCGACUGUUAGAAACUAAAGGAGAAGAAGAAGGUGCUAGAAAGGCAUCUAAGCGGUCGAGUGAUCAUUUGGGUACAGCUCUGUCAAUUGGUGGAAUUCUGAUGCUAACUUCUAACCGAUCUGGUAAUCAGCGGCAUGCACGGGACAACUCUGAUUCUAGUUCCCUAAUUCCUGCUAUUGGUCCCGACAACUCCAUUAAUUGUCUUAUUCGGUGCUCGAGAUCUGAUUACGGCGCUAUUGCAUCUUUGAACCGGAGCUUUCACUCUCUUAUCAGAAGUGGUGAGCUCUAUAAAUUAAGGAGGAAAAAUGGUGUUGUUGAGCACUGGGUUUAUUUUUCUUGCCAACCGUUUGAAUGGGAAGCCUUUGACCCAAGUCGUCGCCGUUGGAUGCGAUUACCAAGAAUGGAUCAUAAUCAUUGUUUUGUCUUUUCCGAUAAGGAAUCUUUGGCUGUUGGCACCGAGCUUCUUGUUUUUGGGAAGGAUCUUAUGUCUCAUACCAUAUAUCGAUACAGUUUGUUAACAAAUUCGUGGUCAUCUGGCAUGAGCAUGAACUCCCCUAGGUGUUUGUUUGGUUCGGCCAGCCUUGGUGGGAGGAUAGAAAGAAUCAUCAAAUUUUACUCAAGAUUCAAUUGAAUAUUUUCUUCCAGGUAGAGUCUUGAGUACAUUCUUUAAAGUUAAACUAGUAUUUUCUUUCUUUUUGAAUUGUCAAAUCCCAUUCUAGCAACAUAAGAAUUUUCAAAGUUGGAUGUCACAAAGGAAAGAGAGAUUUCCAAUAAUUUCAAGUAGAAAUUUGUUGGUAGGUUUCAGUUAGUGUUUUGGUGAUGCUUUUCUUCAAAAUUAUAGAAUUUACUCUCUUGGUUCGGGUCCUUAAUUUUCUUGAAAUUUUCUUGAAGAUAGAAAUGUCUUUAACAUGUUUAUUUCGAACAUGGAACAUGUAAUAAAUACAAUUAGUGUUGCACUCGAUGGGGCUAUAAAUUGAUUCUUCCCGUUUGGUAACCCUUCGUAGUUUUAUAGAAGUUUUUGUAUGA